UAAGCAAGACCAUUAGCGCUGAUUCUCUCCCAAUAACAAAUGGAUCAGAUAACGAAAUAUUGGUGGGCAUUAAAGAAACCAAAACAUAUAUUAGUAACUCUCCGUUAUCACAUGACUUUUUCAAUAAACCAUCAGAAGAAAUUCCACCAACCGACACACCGCCGCCACCAAGUAAUUCGAACAUAAAUAAAAGUAUUGGUUUAAACUUAUACAUGGAGUACACGAGUGGACAGUCUCACGUAAUCAUUUACUAUCUACCGGAAUUGCGGAUAUUAAGGUUUCUAGAACCAAUUGCUGACGAUGCUGAAACAUCAACACGUAAAUUCUUGUUUUUCGGUAGUACGUCACUUCUUUCUCCAUCCACGUGUCAUCCUUCUGACCUCGGCGCAGCAGGGAAGAUCUGCGGUGGUGCUCUACUCAACAUGUCAAUGGAAUUGCACAUCAAUUACGUUACCAUUACCAACGGACAAACCAUAUUUCCUUUGCGAGACGCGAUGAAUCAACUCUAUCGGUUCGGUCAAAUGUCAUAA